AUGUAAAAUAUGCAAAAUAGGUACAGUGAUAUAGACUUUGCCAAGCAGCUAUUCAGCUGGAAUUUAGUACCGAGGACAAAUCGCAACGACACAUUUCUCAUUGACUUCUCAGAGAUGUGGUACGGCGUGUUCCUGUGGGCUGCCGUGUCCUCCAUCAUCUUUCACCUGCCUGCAGCCCUCAUCUCCCUGGCCACGCUGCGGCAGCAUAAGAUCGCCCGGUUCACGCCCAUCGCCAUCCUCCUCAUGGGCCUUCUGGGACCAGUUUGUGGGGGGGUUCUCACCAGUGCAGCCAUAGCUGGGGUGUACAAAGCAGCGGGGAAGACCAUGAUGUCCUUCGAGGCGUUUGUUUUUGGAGUAGGACAGUCAUUCUGCGUCGUCCUCAUCUCUUUCCUCAGGAUCCUCGCCACCCUUUAGCAGAACCGAGUCUGUCCUGCUGCUGGUUCCCAACCAACAGAGUUGGACCAAACAAAUCCAGCUUUUWGGCUAUGAUGUCAUUUUGUUGUAAUCUCAACAGGCCAGACUUUUCUGAACCGUCAAAGGUACGAGUGUGUGAGCUUAAAGUAUGCACCAUGUUACGUUCUAUCUUUAGUUUGUGUUAUUGAUCAUAACACAGUGCUGUGUGUAUUAGCACCAGUGCUUACUUUAUUCCAAAGUGAGUGGAAAACUGCAGGGGGACAUCGAAAUUUUUUUUAAGUUCUCUAUGCAGGAUGUGAAAGCAGUGGGCUGCAGUUUUGUCACUCCAUACUUUUCUUCCCUCAGGAUGUGCGUGUGAGAGUGAGACAUUAUAGGUAACACAUGAAUCUGACUGACAGGCUGCUUCACUGUUAAACCAAAAUGUGGUGGUCAGAUUGAAGACUUGCUUUAUUUCUUGAGGCCUUAUUUUGUGUUUUCUGGUUCCUGUUUGUUUGGCAUCUGAAGCCAUCUCUCUGAAGCUUCAGYGAGCAGCAGGUUGCACACUGAAGCCUCCGAGUUUACUGUGUAAGGCAAGCUUGAACAAUAAACAGACUCCAGUUGUUYAGAUGACUUUUAACCCUACAUCCUGCAGUUAUCCAUCAAUAACCUGACAGAUGUGACCAGAGGUCUGGAYUAUGAAGCAUGAUUGUUGGCUUAUCAAGUAAUGUUUAGGUUCAGUUCAAAAUGUUUCAGCACUACCAAGCUGGCUCAUCUUUGAACUGGGCUUAUUACAAUGGUAACCUCUGCUGGAUGUAAGUAGAACUGACACCAACUGAUUAUUCUGGUUCCUGAAGUUUAGAAAUGGCACUUUCCAGAGUUUUGUGACAGAUUUUUAAUCUUGAUUACUUUGUAAAGCUUUGACCUGCUGAGACUGGCUUCUACCUAAUUCAUUUUUCUGUUGGAGAACUAUAAGACAUAACAGUAUAGAGAAUAUGGUAGAAAAUUGUGUCCUGUGAUUAUAACAGAGGAAGAGUUGUGUGAGAGCAGUUGCUGUCAUUUAGGGAUUUAAUAUUUCAGAUAAAAUCCUAACAACUUUAACCUGCUUCAGUAUUUCACAUUAGCAGUAGAGCAGCCAUAAUGAAGUAGACAUUACAUCGCCAAAUCCAGCAGGUUUCAUUAGAGCUCAAAGCAAAGUAGCUGCUGUUCUGCUCUCUGUUCAGCCUUCCUUUUAUCUGCUCAAAAUCGUGCUCUCUCUCUCGCCACUCUGCAUGCAGGCUAAAGAUGCGUUUGCGGUGUUAAUACACAUAUUUGCUCUUUCUUCCAUGAGUCCAUGUGUAACCAGUCAUAAGGCCUUGGUUGUCUUCCAGGGUGGAGAACUAGCAGCUCACACACACACUGCUCUCCAUUCUGUUCUUAUUCAUGUUUGCUAAUAGUUCUCCAUAUGUUGGAGUGUUUUCUCCCUGCUGUUCCGUUCAGACAGAAAUAAUGGGAUUUCAGCAGACUGCCACAUCUUGUCCAGUUUCAGGAGGUCAACUAGUUUUGGAAGGUCUGGGAGUGUGAUUAGUUUUAUUUUUAAUAUUUCUUUUACUAAGCAAGUAUUUGAUAUAUUUGAUGAUUUUCAAUGAACGUUUUUGUAAAUGGUUUAAAUUAAUUGUACAUUUUUAGGUUUUCUGACCAAGAUCUAAAUGGCUCUAUUUUUCUGCAGAUUCUAUUUUUCUGUGUAUAUUCUUGCUUGGUAGACGUAUCUUUUGCCUUUCACAGCUUAUGAAAUCUGCCCCGUGUCUGUGAUUGAGGUUAUGUUGCUUUUUGUUAAUUGUGAAUCAAGGUACAYGAGUUAACAAUUGAACAAAUGUAUUUUAUGUAAUUUGUUAGAGAAAAUAAGUAUUUGCAAUUGAUUUUUUUUUKUUGUUAUUGUAACUUGAAGAAAUCUGCUUUUGUUAAAAAUAUUUUUAUCAUUUACUGUUGUAUUAUUUAUUGUUGAUGAAUAAAUGCUUGUUUUGGGACAUU